CGACCUCCGCGCCACGAGCACCAGCACAAGCACAAGCACAAGCAGCGAGCUGGGCUUCAACGGUUGCCGAUCUUGAACGCCACUUUCACCAGCCGCUCUGUCGCCCACCACCGGCCACCGCCACUCAUUCAAAAUGUUCGGAGGCAUUGCGUUUAUGAUUCCUGGGCCGGGGUCUCUCACGAACGGCCCCCCAAAGGAUGUCCCGCCGCCCACGCCCAUCAACCUGCCCCGAUGUUGCCCGCAGGUCUCCGACCGCGACGGUCCGGGCGUUCAGGGGCCGGCCUCCGGCAAGCCCCCGGCAGCCCUUACUUCGGUGCUCCAGGGCAUAGUGCGACCCACUGAUGUUGCCAUCUCGCACCUCGAGGCUCUCCGUACCCACGUGAUCCCGGAUGCGGCUCCCUCUCAGAUCAUCCCGGACCCGGCUUUCAUCCCGGACUUUGAUGCCUGGCAUGCCCUCUCCGCCGAUGACGCCCACGCCACCAACGAAAGCACGCGGAGACGCCUGAACACUGGCAACCUUUCUCCCGGCUGCCAGACCUACCUGGAGCGCAGACGGGAGCUCUCCAUUCCGAAUGAAGCCGCGUACCGGACGAUCCGCAGGAUCCCUCCCCCGAAGGGUCAGCCCCAAGCACGCUUGGGAAAUGCCUACGAGUUCUACCGCCAUCUGGAAUUGUUCACUUCUUUCUGGGAGGACACAUCGAAGCCACCUGCGAAGCCGGAAGCUAAGACGGGCCCUUCGGCCGGGGAGGGCAACGGCGAGAACGGAGCUGCCUCCGAGGGCGGCAAGAACCCCGAGGAAAGCUCCGGCGCACCCGGCUUCUACCGUACCGGUGCUGGCCAUCAGAUGCCGCCAGAUUACCGCCAGAACAUGGUCACAGCCUUCUUGAAGCUAGUAACGUACGACUUCACCUGCAAUGUGUCGGCACCCCGCACCGAACCACGGCUGCACAUCACGUCCCGUUCUUCGACCGGCACGCCACGCAGCUCCUACUUCACCUCGGGGUGCACCUUCAUCUUCCGGACGCCGGGCACCCGCGAAGCCGCCCGCGCCGGCAUCGUCGAAGGCCCCUUGGCAGCUGUGAGCGCCAGGCACACGACCUCAUUCCCUGACCCGAAUUCGGCAGAACGUGGGUCGACGCCGCCGGGCGCAGACCGCGAGUCAACGCUAGACCUGGCGCGGGAGCUCGUCGCCGCGCUGAUCACGGCCCAGCACCGUGCUCGCGAAGGCCGCGUUGAAAAGCGGAUCGGCGAAAACGCCUGGUGGUGCACCAAACCGCGCUGGGGCGGCGGCCCGGGCGGACCCAUCGGCCGCGAGGUGGAGAUGCUGUCCGGCGCGGACGAGACCAUCGGCGACAAGGACGCCCCGCCGUCAGAGGCGGCGCUGCCGCCCCAACCAUCUUCUUCCUCUCUGCCGCGCUCGCCAUCCUCCUCCUCGUCAAUGUCCCUCCCGCAGAGGCCCUUCUCCCGCCCGUCGGCGCUCCCGAUCCCCGGAGGCGACAGCGGCGGCUCCUCCAAAGGCGCCAAGCGCCUCAAAAAGUCGGGCAACCAUCCCAUGUACGACAACUACCGCAUGGUCCGCCCGCCCGCGCCCACCUGGGACAAGAAGACCCGGUACGAGGCCAUUGGGCGCGCGCGGGGUGCUGACUACGACGACAUCUUCGUCGUCAGCACCGUGCUGCACCAUGUGAGCAUCGUGCGGGUGCGCGUCCCGGACCGGCUGCUGGCCGUCUUGGAUGGAGAGCCCGACAACGGGAGGAGCUGGGGCCGGCUGGAGGUCUGGCGGAGCCCCUGGUUCGACUUCUUCAAGGUCGAGGAGCGGGUCCAGGCGAUGCAGCUCGUCUGGUGCAUGAUGGCUUACAUGAUGCGGGAGCAGCCCGGGAAGCAGCAGGGUGCGGAGGGGCCGAAGGAAGAGCCGGCGCGCAGCCAGGGCGACGUCAAAAUGACCGGGGCGUAGUCAGCUGUUGUUGGGGCGCACCAAACAGCAACGAGGCGCGGAGCUGGGGACCCUUACUCAUCUCCGUACCCAGCGCAUCACACGAUAGUGGAAGUGGAUAGGGGACGGAGAAGCCCGCUCGCCUUUCGCUUCUUUCGAGGUCCAGAUCCGGGAGGCAAUCCGUC